AUGCGCACCCUUGAACUUGUCGAUGACACCACUUUUCAUUCAUCCUCUUCGCCUCUAGCAAUAGGGAUAUCAAAAGUCCUGUGGGACCCCAUUUCCAUGGGGGGUCCGUCUUGUUUGGAGGGUAAAACCCUCUAUAAAUUUCAACUACAAAUUAGGAUUUUAAUAUCACGCAAAAUCAAUUUCUGCAACUCUUGUAAUCACUGUUACGAAUUAACGGAUUUAAGUGUUUUGAUGGGUAAUCGAGGGCAUAAAAGAAGUGAAACAGUUGAUGAAUUGCCAGCAGAUAAGAGAACGUGUAGUUCAUUGGAGUUCAGACCAAGUUCAUCAAUGUCGCCGGUUGAAACCCCAAGCACCUCCACGAAUCAAACCCACGAUCAUGACCACGAUAUGGAAACAUCUUCAUCUGCUUCUGGUUCAGGGCGUACAGACGAAGAUAAGGAUUCAGCAUAUGGCUCUUGUGAUUCAGAGGAAACCGGUGAUGCAGAUCAAAGACGACAAAGGCAUGCUAUACUUGAUUACCAAAGGCAAAGGCUAUCUUCUGAUCAAGCGAAAUUCAAAAGGGUUUUAUCAAAUCUGAGUGAAGAAACCGAGGAAUCUGCUCAACAGGAAGCCCUCAGGGAGCUCUGUGAAAUACUCUCGUUCUGUACAGACAGUUCUUUAUCCAGUUUAAUUGCGGAUUCCUUGUCUCCCAUUCUUAUAAAGCUGGCUAGCCAUGAAAGCAAUCCUGAGAUCAUGCUCCUAUCCAUUAGGGCUCUAACUUAUCUCUGUGACAUUCAUCCUCAAUCCUCUGCUUUAAUUAUACGACAUGAUGGAGUUACAGCACUUUGUAAGAGAUUGCUGGCUUUUGAGUACGAAGAUGUAGCUGAACAGUGUUUGCAAGCAUUAGAGAAGAUAUCACGUGAGCAACCACUUGCUUGUUUACAAUCUGGUGCAAUCAUGGCUGUUCUUACUUUCAUUGAUUUCUUCUCCACUAGUCUCCAGAGGGUUGCUCUUUCCACUGUGGUAAAUAUAUGUCUGAAGCUUCCACCUGAAGGUUCUUCACCUUUUAUGGAUGCAGUUCCAGUACUCUGCAAACUUUUACAGUAUGAGGACAAUCAGCUUGUUGAACAUGUUGCUACAUGCUUAAUUAAAAUAGCAGAAAGAGUACAAGAAUCCAGUGAAAUGCUUGAUGAACUUUCUAAACAUGGAUUGAUUCAUCAAGUGGCACAUCUUAUAGACUUGAACAGCCAUACCACUCUAUCUCAUUCUGUUCAUACUGGUUUAAUUGGACUACUUGUUAAACUUGCUUCUGGUUCUAUGGUAGCUGUGAAGACACUUUUUGAUCUUAAUAUAAGUAGCAUUUUGAAAGAGAUCAUGUCAAUAUAUGACCUUUCACAUGGAGUCCCUUCCCCCCGAACAAUUGAUGGACAUUAUAAUCAAAUGCAUGAGGUUUUGAAGUUGUUGAUUCAGCUUCUACCCGUUGUAUCCAGAAAUCAAGAAGUUCCAUUAGCUGCAGAAAAAGAAGCUUUCUUGGUGACUCAUCCUGAUCUUGUAGAGAAAUUUGGGAAUGAUUUAUUACCUGUUUUGAUCCAGGUUGUUGAUUCUGGAGUGGAUUUAUAUAUCUGUUAUGGGUGUCUAUCUGUUGUUGACAAGUUACUUUAUUACAGCAACUCUGAUAUGCUUCUUGAUUUGCUUAAAAGCACCAACAUUUCAAGGUUUUUGGCUGGAGUGUUCACUAGGAAGGAUAUACAUGUACUAAUGCUAGCUCUUAAUAUUUCUGACACUAUCCUACAAAAGAAUACUGAUGUUUUCAUGGGACCUUUUGUUAAAGAAGGUGUUCUUUUUGCCAUUGAUGCACUUAUAGACCCUGAAAAGUGUUCACAGUUUAUGUUUUCAAUGUUCAACGACAUCCAAUUAUCGAAUACUUCAAGAAAAAAAUAUGCUGGAAAAGAUUUGAUUCGCUGCUUAUGCUAUUCUUUUGAUGUCAACAAAACUUCAUCAUCUUCAGAAUCAAGGAAAUGUAAGUUGGAAUUGGAAUGUGUUCGAACUCUUGCAAAACACAUAAGAACAAAUUACUUUGACACAAAUUCCUCCACCUCAGAGACUGGAAUGACUCCAAUUCUUGAAAAGCUGAAAUCUUUAUCUUCUGAAUUAUCUUCCAUGAUGACACAAGAGGGAUAUGAUCAUGUAUUGCAUCAAAUCAUGUCAAUUCUCAAUGGCAGAGAUGUGAUUUCCACUUUUGAAUUUGUCGAGAGCGGAAUCACUGAUUCCUUAGUUAGUUACCUUUCUAAUGGUGAUUGUUCAAGAGUGGAUGCAUUUGGGAGGCUGUUUUUAUCACGCACAAAUCAACCCUUUGACUACUUUUCAUUAUCAGGAUUUAUCUCAAAACUACAAAGUGCUUUAUCUUCUGUUGAAGAUUUUCCUGUUGUGUUGAACAAUUCAUUCAAACACAGGAAUUCAUAUGCCACUGUGCCACGUAGGCAUUCCACCACUUACCCAUGUCUCAGAGUUCUAUUUGUGAAAGAAGAGGGAGAGUCAACUUUGACUGAAUACACAGGAGACGUUCAAACUGUUGACCCAUUUUCAGAUUUUGAAGCAAUUGAAACUUUCUUAUGGCCUAAAGUUUGCUCAAACAAUGCUCAAUCACCCUCUGAUAAAAGUCAACACGAUGUCGGUCAAAGUCAAACUUCUCCUCAAAAACCAUCAGAGGAUGCCAGUUCUUCACAGAAACUAUCAUUUUACCUUGAAGGAAAGGAAAUUGACCGAGGGUUGACUAUUUAUCAAGCUGUUCUUAGUCAACACAUAUCAGAAUAUGACACUGUGAAUGGAUUAUUGUGGAAUCAAUUACACAAAAUAACAUACAAAAAAUCAUUAGAAAAAAGUAUUCCCCCUUCUGAAAUUGGUUCUUCUGUUGAACAGUCAACUCCAUGUCACAACAUAUUAUUUCUGCUAAGAAUCUUGGAAUCCGUGAACGAAUCUAGAUUCCAUCUCAUGACUCGCGAAAGAAUUGAAGCGUUUUCCGAGGGCAAAAUUGGAAACUUGGAUGAUGUAAAAGCAACAAACGAGGGUAUUUUGGUCAACGAGUUUGUGAACACUAGGUUAACAGAAAAGCUUGAGCAACAGAUGCGGGACCCGUUAGCCAUCAGUACAGGUGGCAUGCCAUCAUGGUGUACACAGUUGAUGACAUCAUGCCCUUUCUUGUUCAGUUUCGAGGCAAGAUGGAAGUACUUUAAGUUAGUAGCAUUAGGCAAGCACCAGGGGCAAAACGGUCAAAAUGGUCAAAAUGAUUCCCCUUUGCCACGAAAAAAGUUUUUAGUUUAUAGAAAUCAGAUUCUUGAAUCGGCUUCCAAAAUGAUGGAUUUACACGCGAAUCAAAAAGUUGUUCUUGAAGUGAAAUAUGAUGAAGAAGUUGGAACGGGUCUGGGUCCCACGUUGGAGUUUUUUACACUUGUUAGUAAUGAGUUUCAGAAGCCCGGAAUGGGAAUGUGGCGAGGAGACAACUCCGGAAUCGGAAUUGUUAAUUCCGUUCCGUUCGGGCUCUUUCCUUCGCCGUUGCGUAAUUCCAUCACGGAUGUGAAUAAAAAAUUUGUGCUUUUAGGGCAGGUGGUUGCGAAGGCUCUUCAUGAUGGAAGGGUUUUGGAUAUUCCGUUUUCAAAAGCUUUUUAUAAACUAAUUCUUGGAAAGGAACUUACUAUGUAUGACAUCCAGUUGUUUGAUGCUGGUUUGGGUAAAACCCUGAUUGAGUUUCAAGCUCUUGUUGAAAGAAAAAAGAAUUUAGAAAGAUUUGGAAAAAAUUCAGAAUUUGAAUUUCGGGGUUCAAAAAUUCAAGAUUUACAUCUGGAUUUUACUCUUCCUGGAUAUCCUGAUUAUAUUCUUGCUUCUGGUCCUGAUAAAGAAAUGGUGAACAUGAUGAAUUUGGAGAAUUAUAUUGAACUAGUGGUUGAUGCAACGAUAAAUUCUGGGAUUAUGAAACAAAUGGAAGCUUUUAAAUCAGGAUUUAAUCAGGUUUUCCCGAUUAAAAAUCUCAAGAUAUUCACCGAUGAGGAAUUAGAACGUCUUUUAUGUGGCGAAAGUGAAACUUGGAAUUCAAACCAGCUUUCAGAUCUUAUAAAGUUUGAUCAUGGAUAUACAGCUAGUAGUCCUCCCAUUAUACACUUUUUGGAAGUCAUACAAGAAUUUGACUAUGAACAGCAAAAAGCUUUUGUGAAAUUCGUGACUGGUGCACCACGGCUUCCUAUUGGUGGGUUGGCAUCACUCAACCCAAAACUCACAAUCGUACGCAAGCUUUGUGAUAAAGUGGUGGAUGCGGAUCUUCCAAGUGUGAUGACAUGUGCUAAUUAUCUGAAAUUGCCUCCGUAUUCUUCUAAGGAAAUGAUGAAGGAGAAGCUGUUAUAUGCAAUAACAGAAGGGCAAGGAUCGUUUCAUCUCUCUUAGGUGAUGGUAUAUGCUGUGAAUAUUAUAUGUAAUUAUCAAUCAGUUUAGGUGGCGGUGGUUGGUGGUGGUGGUGGUGGUGGUGGUGUAGAUACAGAGAAGAGAAGAGAGAGGUAGGUGGUAGAUUGGUGU